GACUAGCCUGGCCAAAGAUGACUCCUCUGGUGAUGUGGCUUCUAUGUUAUCCCUUAUCUGUUUCUCCUGUUAACUCGAGCCCUGACCCAGCCUGUUCCCUGCUGGGCAACUUUGAGCCCAAUUUCCAGGCUGAUGGAGACUUCAUCAUUGGAGGACUUUUCCCCAUGCAUUACAGUGUUGAGCCACCAGACCAGAACUUCACUUACAAACCAGCUGCUCCACAAUGUCAGGGAUUUGAUCCCAGAUCUUUCCGCUGGGCCCAAACAAUGAGGCUGGCUGUUGAGGAGAUCAACCAGAGUCAGAACCUGUUGCCUAAUUUCACUCUGGGAUACAAGAUCUUUGACUCCUGUGCUGCAGGUGGACAAAGGGCAGCUCUGGCAGUUCUGAAUGGACCUGGUUUAGCCCAGAGUGCCAUGUGUUCUGGCACUGCUCCUGUUUUGGCUGUUGUUGGAGAUUCUGGUUCUAUUGUCUCCAGAACAUUACAGCCCUUCAGAAUUCCAAUGAUUAGUUAUUGUUCAACGUGUUCCUGUCUUAGCAACAGGAACGAAUUCCCAACAUUUUUUAGAGUAAUUCCUAACGACGACUACCAGGUGAAAGCCAUUGCAAGCCUCCUGCUCCGAUUUGGUUGGACUUGGGUUGGUGUUGUCACUGAAGAUGAUGAUUAUGGGAGAUUUGCAUUACAGGGCCUUUUGAAGGAAUUCAAAAGCACUAGUGUGUGUUUGGCCUACCAGACAAUGAUUCCCAAAGUGUACAGUCAUGAAGGAAUCCUUGAAAUCCUUGAUGUGAUGAAACACUCCACUGCAAGAGUCGUUAUCAGCUUUGCUGCUGAAGGGGGACUCUACCCCUUAUUUAAAGAGUACAUGGAUCAGAACAUGACUGGCAUCCAGUGGAUUGCCAGUGAAGCCUGGGUAACAGCAUCAGUAUUCGCAGGCAGUGAGUUCUACCCAAUUCUAGGUGGCACCAUUGGUUUCGCCGUCAGGCAGGGGCAGAUCCCUGGUCUUAGAGACUAUCUGAUGAACGUAAACCCAUUGAAGUACCCCAGUAACCCCCUGGUACACAAGCUGUGGGGUGCCUUGUACGGUUGCUCCCUCUACCCCUCCAGCAGCAGGACCCAGGUCUCCUCCCAGCUGCCCCCCUGUUCAGGGCUGGAGCCCCUGCAGGAGCAGCACUCUGCCUACCUGAACACCUCCCACCUUCGUUUUUCCUACAAUGUGUACAAAGCCGUGUACGCCAUCGCUCACUCCCUGCACAACCUCAUCAGCUGUAAGCCUGGGAAAGGGCCCUUCCACAACUCCUCAUGUGCUGAUGCCACAAACAUUCAACCAUGGCACCUUCAGCAGUAUCUUCAAGAUGUUGUCUUCACUAUUUCUGGAGAAGAUGUGGAUUUUGAUGCAUAUGGAGAUUCAAUUCCUUCAUAUGAUCUGAUCAAUUGGCAAAGAGGAGCAGCUGGAAAUAUUGAGUUUGUCAAUGUGGGUCUCUAUGACGGUGCAAAGGAUAUUGGGAAGGAGUUAUUUAUCCAGGAGGAGGUGAUCAUGUGGACUGGCGAUGAAACUGAGGUGUUUGUGUCUGUGUGCAGUGAGAGCUGUGCUCCAGGAAGCAGGAAGGCUGUCCGUCGUGGGCAGCCUCUGUGCUGCUUUGAUUGUGUACCAUGUGACGACGGCAAGAUUAGCAAGGAGAGGGAUUCAAUAGAUUGCGCAUCUUGUCCUGAAGAUUACUGGUCCAAUGCAGCCAGAACUGAAUGCAUACCCAAAGCGAUUGAGUACCUCUCCCAUGAUGCAAUGGGACUGAUCCUGACUGUGAUAGCUGUAGUCGGAGCCUGCCUCACCGUCACUGUUCUGGCAGUAUUCCUCUACCACAGGAACACUCCGAUUGUCAAAGUCAACAACUCAGAGCUGAGCUUCUUCAUCCUGCUCUCUCUGACUCUGUGUUUCCUGUGUGCGCUGGUGUUCAUUGGAGAGCCUACAUCAUGGUCCUGCAUGGUGCGCCACACUGCCUUCAGCAUCACUUUCUCACUCUGCAUCUCCUGUAUCCUGGGGAAGACUCUGGUGGUGCUGGCUGCCUUUACAGCCACCAGGCCUGGAAACAACCUCAUGAAAUGGCUGGGACCCAAACAGCAGAGAUUCAUCAUCUCUGCCUGCACCUUUAUACAAGUGAUAAUCUGUGCGGUGUGGCUGAUCACUGCUCCUCCUUUCCCAAACAAAAACAAUCAGUACCACCGGUCCAGAAUAAUCCUGGAGUGCAGUGUAGGUUCUGAACAGGCCUUUUGGUGUGUUCUGGGAUACAUUGGUCUCCUGGCUUCAGUGUGUUUUAUUCUGGCCUUUCUGGCUAGGAAACUGCCAGGCAAUUUUAAUGAAGCCAAAUACAUCACCUUCAGCAUGUUGAUCUUCUGUGCAGUGUGGCUCGCCUUUGUACCAGCUUAUGUCAGUUCACCAGGCAAGUUCACUGUAGCUGUGGAGAUAUUUGCAAUUCUAGCAUCUAGUUUUGGCCUACUGCUUUGCUUAUUUGCUCCAAAAUGCUACAUAAUUUUACUGAAGCCACAGAAAAAUACCAAACAACAUCUGAUGGUGAAAGUUGUUACCAAAUACCCUGACCCAGCCUGUUCCCUGCUGGGCAAUUUUGAGCCCAAUUUCCACGCUGAUGGAGACUUCAUCAUUGGAGGAAUUUUUCCCAUGCAUUACAAAGUUGAGCAACCAGACCAGAACUUCACUUACAAACCGGCUGCUCCACAAUGUCAGGGAUUUCACCCCAGAUCUUUCCGCUGGGCACAGACUAUGAGGCUGGCUGUUGAGGACAUCAACCAGAGUCAGAACCUGCUGCCUAACUUCACUCUGGGAUACAAGAUCUUUGACUCCUGUUCAAUAGAGGUAGCAGCACAAAGGGCAACUCUGGCAGUUCUGAAUGGACCUGGUUUAGCCCAGAGUGCCAUGUGUUCUGGCACUGCUCCUGUUUUGGCUGUUGUUGGAAGUUCUGGGACUAUUGUCUCCAGAACAUUGCAGCCCUUCAGAAUUCCAAUGAUAAGUUAUUUCUCAACAUGCUCCUGUCUUAGCAACAGGAAAGAAUUCCCAACAUUUUUUAGAGUCAUUCCUAAUGACGACUACCAGAUAAAAGCAAUUGCAAGCCUCCUGCUCCGAUUUGGAUGGACUUGGGUUGGUGUUGUCGCUCAAGAUGAUGAUUAUGGGAGAUUUGCAUUACUGGGCCUUUUGAGGGAAGUAAAGAACACUGGUGUGUGUUUGGCCUAUCAGAAACUGAUUCCCAAAGUGUACAGUCGUGAAGGAAUCCUUGAAAUCCUGGAUGUGAUGAAGCACUCCACUGCAAGAGUCGUUAUCAGCAUUGCUGUUGAGGGUGAGCUCUACCCCUUAUUUAAAGAGUACAUGGAUCAGAACAUCACUGGCAUCCAGUGGAUUGCCAGUGAAGCCUGGGUAACAGCAUCAGUAUUCGCAGGCAGUGAGUUCUACCCAUUUCUAGGUGGCACCAUUGGUUUCGCCGUCAGGCAGGGGCAGAUUCCUGGUCUUCGAGACUACCUGAUGAACGUAAACCCAUUGAAGUACCCCAGUAACCCCCUGGUACACAAGCUGUGGAGUGCCUUGUACGGUUGCUCUCUCUACCCCUCCAGCAGCAGGACCCAGGCCUCCUCCCAGCUGCCCCCCUGUUCAGGGCUGGAGCCCCUGCAGGAGCAGCACUCUGCUUACCUGAACACCUCCAGCCCUCGUAUUUCCUACAAUGUGUACAAAGCUGUGUAUGCCAUCGCUCACUCCCUGCACAACCUCAUCAGCUGUAAGCCUGGGAAAGGGCCCUUCCAUAACUCCUCAUGUGCUGAUGCCACAUACAUUCAACCAUGGCAGGUUCAGCGGUAUCUUCAAGAUGUUGUCUUCACUAUUUCUGGAGAAGAUGUGGAUUUUGAUGCAAAUGGAGAUUCAAUUCCGUCAUAUGAUCUGAUCAAUUGGCAAAGAGGAGCAGCUGGAAAUAUUGAGUUUGUCAAUGUGGGUCUGUAUGAUGGUGCAAAGGACAUUGGGAAGGAGCUAUUUAUCCAGGAGGAGGGGAUCAUGUGGACUGGCCAUCAAACUGAGGUGUUGGUGUCUGUGUGCAGUGAUAGCUGUGCUCCAGGAAGCAGGAAGGCUGUCCGUCGUGGGGAGCCUCUGUGCUGCUUUGAUUGUGUACCAUGUGACGACGGCAAGAUUAGCAAGGAGAGGGAUUCAAUAGACUGCGCAUCUUGUCCUGAAGAUUACUGGUCCAAUGCAGCCAGAACUGAAUGCAUACCCAAAGCGAUUGAGUACCUCUCCCAUGAUGCAAUGGGACUGACCCUGACUGUGAUAGCUGUAGUGGGAGCCUGCCUCACCGUUGCUGUUUUGGCAGUAUUCCUCUACCACAGGAACACUCCGAUUGUAAAAGUCAACAACUCAGAGCUGAGCUUCUUCAUCCUGCUCUCUCUGACUCUGUGUUUCCUGUGUGCGCUGGUGUUCAUUGGAGAGCCUACAUCAUGGUCCUGCAUGCUGCGCCAUACUGCCUUCAGCAUCACUUUCUCACUCUGCAUCUCCUGUAUCCUGGGGAAGACUCUGGUGGUGCUGGCUGCCUUUACAGCCACCAGGCCUGGAAACAACCUCAUGAAAUGGCUGGGACCCAAACAGCAGAGAUUUAUCAUCUCUGCCUGCACCUUUAUACAAGUGAUAAUCUGUGCAGUGUGGCUGAUCACUGCUCCUCCUUUCCCAAAUAAAAACAAUCAGUACCACCGGUCCAGAAUAAUCCUGGAGUGCAGCGUGGGCUCUGAACAGGCCUUCUGGGGUGUUCUGGGAUACAUUGGUCUCCUGGCUGCUCUGUGUUUUAUUCUGGCCUUUCUAGCCAGGAAGUUGCCAGGCAAUUUUAAUGAAGCCAAAUACAUCACCUUCAGCAUGCUGAUCUUCUGUGCAGUGUGGCUCGCCUUUGUACCAGCUUAUGUCACCUCACCUGGAAAGUUCACUGUAGCUGUGGAGAUAUUUGCAAUUCUAGCAUCUAGUUUUGGCCUACUGCUUUGCUUAUUUGCUCCAAAAUGCUACAUCAUUUUACUGAAGCCACAGAAAAAUACCAAACAACAUCUGAUGAGGAAAGUUGUUACCAAAUAGAACAAUGAUGUUUUAUGUAAUAAAUAAACCUGUAUUCCAUAUUUGGAUUUAGUGACACAUAUUGAGAUAUUGCUGUGGAAUUGUUUCCUACUGAGCACUAUAAUUUUGAACACAGCAACAAGGUUCCUUGAUGAUUCCUGUCAGCAUUUACAGUGCUGUUGAAGGAGCUCAAAAGCUGUACUUAAGGGUCGGGGAUGGGGGGUGGGGCGGGGGUCGUAGAACCUCAGUUAACACCAAUAUUGCAACCAUGCAACAGCAGCCAAAUUGCACCUGAACAUUCACAAAUGUUUUUAUUUUUGUAUUUUGUUAGGCAAAGCAGAGGUAACUGAUAUUAUAAUGCUUACCCUUCAAAAGACAAACUAAAUCAAUAUGAUACAAAGAUUGUGAAAAGGUCCUUAUCACACAACAGGACAUAUGCGCCUGUGUAUGUGCGUGCCUGUGUGUGUAUGUGGCUGUGUGAACAACAAAACAAACAAAAAAAAAGAAGCAAAUGACAGCUUACAUCCUGUGACACUUUAAAUUCUAGAGCUAUUUCAGAAGGAAAAUGGUACCAGAAAAACACUUGCUAUCAAAAUAACCCCAGCAGGGAUUUUGCAUUUUGGAAUUUUGAAGCCACGGGGCCACUAGAUUUUAAACCUAGACAUUUUGGCACAUAUAGCAUUUUGAGAAAACAUUUGAUUAAAUAUUGCAUCUUAUUACAAUAUAUACAAGCAAAUUAAUAUAGUAUAUUUGUCUUACUGUAUGAAUACAACUACAUAUUGGUUCAUGUUGUUGAAGAAAAAAGAUAACCCCACCCUAAAAGUUGCACUGACGAUGUGAGGGAAGCGGCAAAUUUUUGACAUCAUAAUAAAGCAACUGACUUAUUUU